UUGCUUCUAGACCUUCUCGAUUUUCAUCUCACUAUCUCGGACCCGCUUUAAAUCUUUCCUUCUCCAAAAAGCUUUGCAUGUGUAAAAAAAAAUCACUGUGCAGAAACAGAGAGGGUUUUGUAGGGUGAUUGUACUGCCGGAUUCCUAGUUUCAUUUCCCUCUUUCAUACUUCCUUACUUCACUACAAAGAAACCCCAUUCCUUGCUUAAAUAGUCUCUGUUUUUUUGUGAACUGGGUUUUUGAUGUUUUGCGUUGAUAUCGAUUGGAGCAGAGGAGAGAGGGGAUUGGAAGAGUAAAGCGCGACGAUGAGAGGCGUUGGCGUUACUUCGGAGGAGAAAACAGGGGCGUCUCAUGAACCAGAGUUUACUCAUUUGGUGUUCUCGUGGUCUGUUGACGACAUCCGCAAUGAGGAUCUUUACAGGAAUCAGGUGGAGAAGAUUCCAGAAUCGUUUCAAUCAGUGGGGGUCUACCUUGGUUCUUUUGUUUAUCCUUUGCUAGAGGAAACUCGAGCAGAAUUAGCCUCAAGCAUGGACAUUAUCUAUGGAGCACCCUUUGCUGAAGUGAACUCCCUUGUUGAGCGGAAGCUCAAUUUAACAGAUGCAACAUUGCGUUAUGAUGUUGUUGUUGAUUAUUGGAGGAACAAAUUUAGUGACCGUUGCAAAGAACCCUACAGAACCUUGCCCGGAGAUGUGUGUAUCAUUUCCAAUGCAAAACUGGAAACUGUAUCUGACCUGCAACGGGAUGGAAGGACCUGGACUUUUGCAUUGGUCACUAAGAUCACAGAAGACGGGAUUGAAGAUGAUAGUUCGUCUUCCACUAUUUUCACAGUCAAGGCAUCGAAGGAUAUAGAAAUCAAGGAUGGAAUGAGGGAAUCACUCUUUGUGACUUUCUUGAUGAACAUAACAACAUAUCAAAGAAUAUGGAACUCUCUAAGGAUGCCCAAAAAUCUGAAGAUAAUCAAGGAAGUUCUAUGCACUGAUUCUCUGGCUCAGGAGGAUUGCGAGCUUUGUUGUGUAAGCCAAUUUCCCAAAAGUUUUGCUACAAGUCUAUUAUCUAAGCUGAAUAAAUUCCAAAUUCAGGCAAUAGUAGCCUCUCUUCAUAGAAUCAAAUGUGAUCACAAGCCUACUGUGGAACUCAUUUGGGGCCCACCAGGGACGGGGAAAACCAAGACGGUCAGUGUGAUGCUUUUUGCUCUUUUGAUGAUGAAUUAUCGGGUCCUUGCAUGUGCCCCUACCAAUGUUGCUAUAAGGGAGGUGGCUUCCAGGGUUCUAAUGUUGGUGAGAGAGUCAUUUGAGGCUGAGGAAAAGGGUGCUUUAUUCUGUUGUUGGGGCGAUAUUCUCUUAUUUGGUAACAAGGACCGCCUGAAACUUGACUCUGAUAUUGAAGAGAUAUAUCUAGAUUAUCGUGUUAAAAGGCUUGCAGAGUGUUUGGGACCAUUGACUGGUUGGAGGCAUUGUUUAACUUCAAUGAGAGACUUUCUUGAAGGUUGUGUUUCUGAAUAUGAUGUUUUUGUGGAGAACGAAAUGAUCAAACAAAAGGAAAUGAUCGAACAGAAGGAAUGCAGCAACCAGGAUGAAAGUGGCAAGGUGGAAAUUAAAUCAUUUGUUGAGUUUGUGAGGGGCAGAUUUAAAUCAACUGCAUUAUCCCUUAGAAGAUGCAUAUUUGUAUUUUGUACUCAUUUUCCAAGAAGGUUUAUUUUGGAACAGAAUUUUACAAGCAUGCGUAGUCUUGUUGGCCUCCUUUAUGAUUUGGAAAUGUCGUUGUUUCGAGACAACAUCACUACUGAAGAACUUAAGGAAGUAUUUUCACGGAAGGAUGGAGGUGAAGAAUUUUGUGAAUCUAUUGUAGGUAUGCCAUCCUUGAAAAACACAAGGAGCAAGUGCCUCUGUGUUGUCAAAACUCUUCAACAUUCUCUUGAAGAACUUGAUCUGCCAAGUGUUUUAAACAAAGAUUCAAUGAUGGAAUUCUGUUUUCAAAGAGCUUCUUUAAUUUUCUGCACUGCUUCUACUUCAUAUAAGCUGCGUUCAGUAGAAAUGGAACCACUGGACUUACUGGUCAUUGAUGAAGCUGCACAACUAAAGGAGUGUGAAUCAACUAUUCCUCUUCAGCUGCCUGGUCUGAAUCAUGCUAUUCUCGCCGGUGACCAGUGCCAGUUACCAGCAAUGGUUCAUAGUAAAGUUUGUGAGGAAGCUCAGUUUGGAAGAAGCUUAUUUGAAAGAUUGAGUUUGUCGGGUCAUUCUAAGCAUCUUCUAAACAUACAGUAUAGGAUGCAUCCAUCCAUAAGUUUGUUCCCUAAUGCAAAGUUCUAUUUGAACCAAAUUAUGGAUGCACCACAUGUUCAGAGUAAAAGUUAUGAGAAGCAAUAUCUUCCGGGGCCAAUGUUUGGUCCUUAUUCUUUCAUAAAUGUUAUUGGUGGCAGGGAAGAAGUGGAUGAUGAUGGACGGAGCAGAAGAAAUAUGGUAGAGGUGGCAAUUGUGGUAAAGAUAGUGCAGCAUUUAUACACAGCAUGGAGAAUCUCUGGGAAUACACUUAGCAUUGGUGUGGUAUCUCCUUAUGCUGCUCAAGUUGUGGCCAUCCAGGACAAACUUGGGAAAAAGUAUGAAAAACUUGAUGGAUUCACAGUGAAGGUGAAGACAAUUGAUGGGUUUCAGGGUGGAGAGGAGGAUGUUGUAGUGAUAAGUACUGUUAGAUCUAAUAACACCGGAUCUGUUGGAUUCCUAUCCAGUCCUCAGAGAACUAAUGUUGCAUUAACAAGAGCUAGGCACUGUCUAUGGAUUUUGGGAAAUGAUAGGACCCUAUCUAAUAGUGAUUCUAUUUGGGAGGCAUUAGUCCAUGAUGCAAAGAGCCGCCAAUGUUUCUUUUACGCUGAUCAAGAUAACGAUAUUGCCAAAACCAUAUUAGAUGUCAAGAAAGAGCUUGAUCAACUGGACGAUUUGCUUAAUGAGAACAGUGUACUCUUCAAAAGUGCAAGGUGGAAGGUUCUUUUUAGUGAUAACUUCAAGAUGUCAUUUAAAAAAUUGAGUUCACUCCGUAUAAAAAAGUCAAUUAUAAACCUCUUACUGAAACUUUCAAGUGGUUGGCGACCUAAAAUGAGGCAUAUGGGCCAACCUUGCAAGGGUUCUUCACAGAUCUUGAAAAGAUUCAAGGUUGAAGGGCUUUAUGUUGUUUGCUCUAUUGACAUAAAGAAAGAAUCAACAUACUUCCAAGUCCUGAAGGUCUGGGAUAUAUUGCCUUUGGAGGAGAUCCCAAAGUUGAUAAAACGACUUGAAGGCAUGUUUGCUUUGUAUACUGAUGAUUUCAUUAGUCACUGCAAGGAGAAAUGCCUUGAGGGGGAUUUGGAAGUUCCAAGAAGAUGGGUGCAAUCUGUCGAUAUUGUUCAGUUUAAGAAUCGUGGAAAUCGUGAACUUGGGGAUGAAGCAAGUGAGGGUAUUAUUGAUGAAAGAAGUUAUGUUGAGAACACAAAGGUGAGUGAGAGCUUGUUGUUAAUGAAAUUCUAUUCCUUAUCAUCUGGUGUGGUGAGUCACUUGCUUUCUGAUCGUGAUGGGCGAGAGCUAGACCUCCCUUUUGAAGUAACCGACCAAGAAUUGGAGAUUAUCUUAUUCCAAAAAAGCACAUUUAUUCUUGGACGGUCAGGCACUGGUAAGACUACUGUGUUAACCAUGAAAUUGUUUCAGAAGGAGCAAUUGUACCAUAUUGCUUCAGGAGGACUUCAUGCAGGUGAGACUAGUACUGGUACAGAUGUGAGCCAGAGAAAUGGUUUUGAUAAGUGCAUUGCAGAGGUCAAUGGAAGUAUCCUGCGACAACUUUUUGUGACAGUCAGUCCAAAACUAUGUUUUGCUGUCAAAAAACAUGUGUCUGGACUGAAAAGGUUUUCUGGUGGGGGGAAUCUAUCUGAAGAAAACAGCUCGAUUGAUAUGGAUGAUGCAGCCCAAUUUAAUGAUAUCCCGGAUUCUUUUCUUAACAUUGAUCCUAGCAAAUACCCUCUUGUGGUUACUUUCCACAAGUUCUUAAUGAUGCUUGAUGGAACCGUAGGUAAUUCCUACUUUGAAAGGUUUCUUGGUCCAAGGGAACUUUUCCAUUGUAAAUCUAGUAGCUCAAGAUCAGUUGCUCUGGAAACUUUCAUAAGAACCAAGGAGGUUAACUAUGAGAGGUUUUGUACAGAGUAUUGGCCUCAUUUUAAUUGUCUACGAACAAAGAAGCUUGAUCCUUCUAGAGUGUUUACUGAGAUAAUUUCUCAUAUAAAAGGUGGUUUGGGAGCAGGCAAGACACAAGAAGGUAAGCUCUCCCAGAAGGAUUAUGUUUCCCUUUCUGAGGGUCGGACCACCUUGAACAAGGCGAAGAGAGAGACGAUUUAUGCUGUUUUCCAGGAUUAUGAGAAAAGAAAAAUGGAAAAUGGUGAGUUUGAUUUAUCUGAUUUUGUGAAUGAUCUUCAUCUUCGACUAAAACGUGACAAAUUUGAGGGUGAAGCUAUGGAUUUUGUAUAUAUUGAUGAAGUUCAAGAUCUAACAAUGAGGCAAAUUGCCCUCUUCAAAUAUGUCUGCCGGAAUGUGGAGGAAGGCUUUGUUUUUGCAGGUGACACAGCACAGACUAUUGCUAGGGGAAUUGAUUUUAGAUUCCAAGAUAUACGAUCUCUAUUCUACAAUGAGUUUGUAAUGGAUUCAAAGGGAGACAGUUGUGAUGGAAGAAAGGAGAAAGGGCAUAUAUCAGAAAUUAAAAGCCUAAGCCAAAAUUUCCGUACCCAUGAUGGUGUCCUUAGAUUAGCACAAAGUGUGAUUGACCUUCUUUACCAUUUCUUUCAUCAUUCUAUUGAUGUUCUGGAACCUGAGAUGAGUCUUAUAUAUGGUGAAGCUCCGCUGCUUCUUGAAUCUGGAAAUGAUGAAAAUGCAAUUGUAACUAUUUUUGGUAAGAGUGGAAAUGCUGGUGGGGACAUUGUAGGCUUUGGUGCUGAGCAGGUUAUCUUAGUACGUGAUGAUUGUGCUAGGAAGGAAACAUCUAGCUAUGUUGGAAAGCAAGCUCUUGUUUUGACUAUAGUGGAGUGCAAGGGCUUAGAGUUUCAGGAUGUAUUAUUGUACAACUUUUUUGGCUCAUCACCUCUGAAAAAUCAAUGGAGAGUAAUCUACCAGUUUAUGAAAGAACUAGAUCUUCUUGAUGCUUCUGUCCCCUCUCAAAGUUUCAACGAGGCAAAGCACAAUGUCUUGUGUUCUGAACUGAAGCAAUUAUAUGUGGCAAUUACUCGCACAAGACAAAGAUUGUGGAUUUGUGAAAACAAUGAGGAGCUCUCAAAGCCAAUUUUUGAUUAUUGGAAGAAGAAAUCCCUUGUCCAAGUAAAACAAUUGGAUGAUUCACUUGCACAGGCUAUGCAAGUUGCAAGCAGUCCAGAAGAAUGGAAGUCACGUGGAAUCAAGCUAUUUUAUGAGAAUAACUUUGAGAUGGCAACAAUGUGCUUUGAAAGGGCUGGGGACACAAUGUGGGAAAGAAGGGCCAAGGCUUCUGGCCUUAAGGCAGCUGCAGACAGAAUGCGGGGCUCGAAUCCUGAAUGGGCUCGUACUGACCUUAGGCAAGCUGCUGAGAUAUUUGACUCGAUUGGUAGAGCUGAGUCUGCUGCCGAGUGUUUUUGUGAUUUGGGGGAGUAUGAAACUGCAGGGAGACUUUAUUUGGAUAAGUGUGGGGAAUCCAGGCUUGAGAAAGCUGGGGAGUGUUUUUCUCUGGCAGGUUGUCAUAAACUUGCAGCCGAAGUGUAUGCUAGGGGAAAUUAUUUUUCAGAGUGCUUGUCAGUUUGCACCCAAGGAAAACUAUUCGACAUGGGCUUGCAGUACAUCCACUACUGGAAACAGCACGCUGCUAGAGAUAAUGUCAUGGUUAAAAGAGGUAAAGAAAUAGACAAAAUUGAACAACAGUUCCUAGAAAGCUGCGCGCUUCAUUAUUAUGAGCUCAAAGAUAACCAAUACAUGAUGAAGUUUGUGAUGGCUUUCAACUCAAUGGAUGCAAAACGCAACUUCUUGAAGUCCUUGAAUUGUCUUGAUGAGCUUCUAGUCGUGGAAGAAGAAUCAGGAAACUUUUUGGAGGCUGCAGAGAUUGCAAAGCUGAAAGGGGAUCUUUUGCUUGAGGCUGAUCUGUUGGGGAAGGCUGAGCAUUUUAACGAGGCAUCCAUGCUUAUGUUAUGGUAUGCCUUCUCCAAUUCUCUAUGGGCAUCUAGAGGCAGGGGUUGGCCACUUAGGGAUUUUGCUCGAAAGGAGGAGAUUGUAGCUAAAGCUAUGUCAUUCGCUGGAAAGACAGAGUCGAAUGUUUUCUAUGAGUUUGUUUGCACUGAAGCGAACAUUUUAUCAAAAGAAGAAAUGGGCUUGCUCCAGUUGAACCAGUAUUUGGAUGCUUCUAGGCAUAAUAAGAGCCUCAGAGGUGAAUUCUUGUCCAUACGAAAAAUACUGGAUCUGCAUUCAAAAAUCUCUAAGUAUGAGUGGGAAGAUGAACUGGCUGAUGAUCAUCUGAUAAAACAUUCAGGAGAAAGAAUUUCGCAUAACCGUGUUUCUGUUGGAACACUGAUGUACUUUUGGAAUCUUUGGAAGGACAAGGUUGAACAUAUAUUUGAGUACCUAGGAUGUCUUGAAACAGAUGAUGUUAGCAAACAUAUCAAUUAUGAUGACUUUGUUUUGAACUAUUUUGGUGUGCGGAGGCAAUUGAAAAAUACGAAUACCAGUUACCUUUUUCUCAUCCCUGACGCUGAUUGGGUGAGAGAGAUUGAUGACAGGUAUCUUCGGAGAAGUGGGAAGUUGGUGUCUGCAGAUGCUCGCCAGUUUGUUUCAGCUGCUAAAAGUCAUUGGAGCUCAGAGUUGCUUGCUGUUGGCAUGAAGGUGUUGGAAACUCUUGAAUUACUUCACAAGCUCGCAAUCAAGAAUGCCUCAUGUGUUUCUGGCCAAAGCCUUCUCCUCCUCCAUAUCUUUGAGGUAACAAAGUUUCUUUUAGGGUCCAAAUAUCUUGACCGUAAGUAUCAUGAUACUCGGUCAUUGGACAUGUUUCUUGAACUAUCUAUGGGGUACUUCCACAAUGUGUUUCCUUUAGAGUGGCAAAAGUCGUUGACCAAGAAUAUGGUUUCUCUGAGAGGGACUGAGCUUUCGCGAAAUUUACUAGAAGAGGUUAUUAAAAAAAACAUCCCCCCUAAGGGUAUGCUGACCUAUGGUCAGAUUGGGAGGAUAGUAAUGAUAUGGCUUGGCUCUGGGAAGCCAAGUGAUGAACUAUGCCAGAAGAUUGCAGACAGGGUUGAAGGGAAUUUACCAUGGAUAACAUACAUUAUGGACUUGAGUGGAUUUACAGCAUCAGAAAUAUCAAAAGAACCUGCAAAAGACCCUUUCCUUCAGAAUCCAAGAGAGGUAGCUUCUAUGCUCAACUUUUAUAAAGCUCUGGAUGAUACCUAUCGUGCUAACUGGAGACAAUCGGAUUAUGUGUCACCCAGUUGUUUUUUGUAUCUGGUUGAUCGGCUUUUGGUUUUGACAUUUCGGUCUACUGGACUCCUUUUCAUCACAAAAUCUUCACUUGUUGAGUGGCUUAUUUGUGAGCAACCCAAUGCCAACCAAACGCCCAAUGCAGUACCUGAUAUUCGGAUUUUUAGUGGCAUUUUUGAAUUUGUGGUUGGCAUAAUCAAGGAGAUCCUGUAUAAUAAGCAAGUUACAGCAGAAUGGAUUCGUAAAUCAGGGAUCAAUUUCAAUGUGUACUACCCUUUGAUGGUGCUGAAACUGGUUAUCACCUUAUGCUUGCUGGUUGUGAAUAGUGGUAGAUAUUUCAAUAUACUUUAUGAGAUGCUGAGGAAGGGUGAUAUCACUAAUUGGUUGCCAAGGGAAUUCUCAGAUGUUCUUAGGAGGAGGAAUCGUAAUUCUAGGAUGCAUGUAAAUGCAAAUGUACUUGCUGAAGCGCUUGUGAAGAUUGGGGAUCCUCUUGUUAUAGUGAGCUGGAGAGAGAAUUGUUCCAACAUUGCAAUUCCAGCUGCCAGUUUUGUAGACAUGAGAGUUGCUCAUUGCAGAGCGGACAUCAUGAGCUUGUUGUUUCCGGUGAAGAAUCAACCUUCUAAAGGUACAACAGCCAAUUCAAGCUGCAAACAGAAUUCUUCCGAGAAAUCCAGUGAAGAAGGUAAGCCUUCUGGGGCUCCAGAUUCAGACUUAGUUUCCAUGGAAGAUCAGAAGAUGGUCAAUGAGAAUACAGAUGAAGGGAAGCAGCAAAUAAAUUGUGGGCUCUUUCUGGAAAUAUCUGAUGCAUUAAAGUCCCUGGAGAAUAUAAACGGAGGAAACCCUACAAAAUUUGUUAGUAUUGCCUCGAGGAUGAAGUUAAAGGCGGAAGUGGAGAAUAGUAUAAGCUUGAUAUCUGAUGCAAUGACCAACUUCUCAAAGGAGCCUUCUAGUGAUGAAGAUAGAUCUAUUUUUGCUCAAUCGAAAGACAUGCUCGACCAACUGAAGCUGCUAUUGUCUGCACUUGAUUCAAGUGACAGGGAACCAGAGGAAAACAUUUUUGCCGUUAAGGACUGUUUGAGGAGAUUGCAGUUGAGAAGGCCAACGAUGGAACCUUUCUUGAACCAGCUAUUGCCUAUCAAUGCAAAGGCCAGUGUUGUUGUGGAAUCGGAGAUUGGUGAGAAGGAAGGCGAUCAGAGCAAGGUUGAAGAAACUGGCAAAACCGGUAAGGGCAAGACUUCGGAGGCUACUCUUCCCUCUGGAACCCAAAAUACUGGGGGCAUACCCCCGGCUGAAAGCAGCAAGGGGAAGGCAAGUAAGUCCAAGAAGGGUAAAAAGUUUAACAAAGGGGGCCGAAGAAAAUAAGCAAGUAUGCGUACUGUCAAUAGUUUUAACGUUGCAGAGCUUCCAUUUCUUCCCUUUUGCAUAUGUUCAUAUACAUAUGCUGCAUUUAUAGUGUUUGGUCAAGUACCUCCCUCUUUGUGGUAUUGGAUUUGGAAGUCUUUUGAAGCAGAAGUGUAAAAGAUAUCACACCAGACGAAGUAUAGUGUAAAGAUAUGUAGUAAUUACAUUCUAUUGAGAACUGAUGGUUUGGGCUGAAUAUUGCACAAAAAGAAAUGUAUUAUAGCAAAUUUAGUGU